GUUCUCUUCACGUGUGUUUCGUAAACAAAUUUCGUCAGAAAACUGUCAAAUCAAAACACGCUGAAAAUCAAAGAAUUUACUUGAAAUAUUUACAUUGUUUUUGUCGAUAUCGUUCCUGGAGAUAAAAGAAAAAUGACGAGUAUGAUCUUAGCAGGAUUGGGUCUCACAACAGCGGCUGUUAUAGGACGUCAGAUGUUAAAGCACAGGAAAGUUCUAGAACAGGCAUACAAGAAAGCAGAUACACUCUUGCCAAAAGAUCCUUUCAGCAAAUAUUACAGAGGAGGGUUUGAGAAAAAGAUGAGUAAAAGAGAGGCCAGUCUAAUUCUUGGAGUCAGUCAGUCGUCUUCUCCAGUGAGAAUAAAGGAAGCACAUAAAAGGAUCAUGUUACUGAACCACCCUGAUCGUGGAGGAUCACCUUAUCUGGCCACCAAAAUCAACGAGGCAAAAGACUACUUGGAAUCGAAAAAGCCUUGAAACCUCAGACAUACAGGGGGCAGAUUACUACCGAACUACCCAAACAUGAUUGCAUUGGAUGAAAUAUUGGAUCAGAUCAUCAUAAAUCAUUGACAUCGGAACGACACAGACUUCAAGUUCAUUAAUGUCAUAUCUUUGGUGCUUUAUUGACCUUCGAGGGUGUGUUUUAAAGCAUAAAAACGAUUAUUAUAGGAAAUCAGGAGUGCACCUA